GGCGGGCGAUGACGCGGGCAGGCGAUGGGGCAGGCGCUGUGCGUCUGCUCCCGCGGCACCGUCAGCCUGGGGGGAGCGCGCUACCUCCUGCUCCAUCGGCUGGCAGAGGGGGGCUUCAGCUACGUGGACCUGGUGGAGGGGCUGCGAGAUGGGCGCUUCUACGCCCUGAAGCGCAUCCUGUGCCAUGACAAGGAGGACCGCCAGGCUGCCCUGCACGAGGUGGAGAUGCACGGCCUCUUUGACCACCCCAACAUCCUGCCCCUGGUGGCCCACUGCAUGGUGGAGAAGGGUGCCAAGCAUGAAGCCUGGCUCCUCCUGCCCUAUGUGAAGGGGGGGACCCUCUGGAGCGAGGUGCAAGCGCUGCGAGAGAAAGGGACCUUCAUGUCAGAGCAGCGGAUCCUCCUCAUCCUCCAUGGCAUCUGCCGUGGGCUACAAGCCAUCCACAGCAAGGGCUACGCACACAGGGACCUCAAACCCACCAAUGUGUUGCUGGAUGAGGAUGACCAGCCUGUGCUGAUGGAUCUGGGUUCCAUGAACCAAGCUCGCAUCGAAGUCAACAGCUCUCGGAAGGCCAUGGCUGUGCAGGACUGGGCUGCCCAGCGCUGUACCAUCUCCUACCGUGCCCCUGAGCUCUUCGUAGUGCCGAGUGAAUGCGUCAUAGAUGAGCGCACAGAUAUCUGGUCCCUAGGCUGCGUGCUGUAUUGCAUGAUGUUUGGGGAGGGACCCUAUGAUGCCAUCUUCCAGAAGGGCGACAGCGUGGCUCUGGCAGUGCAGAACCCCCUUACCCUGCCCCCCACAACCAGGUACUCUGCUGCCUUGCAGCGCCUGCUUUCCUCUAUGAUGACAGUGAACCCUCAGGAGCGACCCAGUAUAAAUGAGGUCCUCCACCAGCUGGAGGAGCUGCAGCCAGCACCGGAGGGCCAGGACACCACACAGAUCUGAGCCUUCUGGCCAAGCCAGGGGAAAAGUGGCUGCCCUCCUCCCUGCUCCUCUGUUGGAGCUGUUGCAGAGGAGAUUGCUGCACUCGAGGAAGAGCUGCUGCUCUGUGCCAGAGUUGUGUUGGAUUUGGAGUGUUCUGUGCUCUGGAUGCUGGUGCCUGGGACUUGAUCCUGUGUCUCGGGAUUGUGGAUGUGUGACCUGAUGCUAAACACGGGGCCUGCACCAGCCACUGCCUCCCCCAGGGGUUGCAGAGGAGGAUGCUGUGGGACCCACUCUGGGUGACAGCAGAAGUGGUCCCACAGCUCUGCACCACAGAGGAAUUGCCUCUGACCAAGGGUAGGGCUGUGGUCUGGGUCCCGGUGUGGUGCUGGAGCAAGGCAAGGGGGACCCAGUGCCUGUUCCACCACUGCUCUCAGCACCGAUGUUGCCUUGCGUUUGGAGUAAAAGAUGUUC